AUGGGGGGCUUUCAAGUGGCUGGGGAGUUUCUGGAGCUUGCUGCCUCCCUGCACAGCCUGGAAAUCCUCUGGAGGAUUGGGUCUGAGGAUAAAGAAGCUGUAGUGGAUUACCCUACAAAGGCCAAAAUCCAGCAGACCCUUCAGUUUGCUGGGCUUUUUGACUUCCAGGAUCCUUUUGAAGACCAGUUACCACUUGACGCUGCCAGACUGAAAGUUUUGAAAGAGAUCUCUGUGGGAGACCUUAAACCCAAUGAAACAGUUCAGGCAAAUCUAGAAGCACAACUGUUGUCCAGACUAGACCAUCCUGCCAUUGUAAAGUUUUAUACCAGUUUUGUGGAGGGACAGAGUUUCUGCAUCAUCACUGAAUACUGUGAGGGUCGAGACCUUGACUUUAAAAUUCAAGAAUACAAAGAGGCUGGCAAAGUAUUUCCAGAAAGCCAAAUCAUAGAAUGGUUUAUACAAUUGUUACUUGGAGUCAACUAUAUGCAUGAAAGGAGAAUACUUCACAGAGAUUUAAAAGCCAAGAAUAUAUUUUUGAAAAAUAACCUCAUUAAAAUUGGGGACUUUGGAGUUUCUCGCCUCUUGAUGGGAUCCUGUGAUUUAGCAACUACUUUUACUGGGACACCAUUUUACAUGAGCCCUGAGGCACUGCAACACCAGGGUUAUGACACAAAAUCAGACAUUUGGUCACUAGGAUGCAUUUUGUAUGAGAUGUGCUGUUUGGAUCAUGCAUUUACUGGUCACAAUUUUUUGUCUGUGGUUCUUAAAAUUGUGGAGAACGAUUCACCUUCUCUUCCAGAUUCCUAUCCAAGUAAACUUAACGCAGUUCUGCACAGUAUGCUGAGCAAGGACCCUGCAAUGAGACCAUCAGCUGCAGAGAUUUUAAGAAGUUCCUACAUUGGUGGUCAGUUACAGAAUAUCAAGUACAAAUUUACAAAUAUGAUCAUAGAAGACCAGGUGCUUAAUUCUCAGAAGGAAGCAGCUCAUAUCAUUAAUGCCGUGUAGAGGGCAAGAGGCCAAUCCAGAACUCAAAUGGUAGAUCUUUCAGGAUUGUAAACUAUUUCGUUGGUCUCCUCCAAAGCAGAACAAAAAACUGCUUAAGCUAUGACUCCAGAUAUGUUGCCAGGGAAAAAAGGACUUCAGACAUCAUUAAUUAUACUACCCAUUCUGUGAGAACCUGUCUCAAUUGUUAAAACGGUUUCCUGAAUUUUUAGAGUUUGUUAAGGCUUGUUUCCUGCCACGAGACUAUAAAUAAAUAUGUUUCCUGUGGAGCAUCUUUAUUUGCUGUUGCAGCUCAUAUAUUCAGUAUAAAUUUGUCCAGUCUAUUGUAAUGGUGAUCAUCUGAUUUGCCUGUUAUGCUUUAAACUAGUGGUUAAAUUUCUCUUCCUCCUUCCAUUCUUAUGUCCA